UUUGUUGUGAAUAAUACGCCCAAUAGACUGUGUACCAAUCAGAAGGUUAUUAAGAGGUUAUUAAUACGCUGCUGCAGUUAAAUCAACGGACGUGCUAUACAAAACAGUGACCGAUCUACAGCGAUCGUCUGGGAGAUGUGAAAUAUUUAGUACUUGGUAGUCUACGCGGGCGGAUGUUGGUGUUACGGCGAUAUGUUUUUUUCCCGAGGUCUAUAAAAAGAUGAAGGAUAUGCACAGGAAGUUGGCAGAUCCACUCUUGAUAACCACGUGAACAGGACAGUGAGCUAGGCCAUCUCUGGAUCUGGUAGCCUACACCUCCCUUCCCUGGCAGGUGUGGUGAAUUAGUGGUCAUGGAUAAGAGCAAGCUGGAGCAUCAGGUAGCUGGCGUUGAGAGGGGCGUGGCCUUCCUCCAGCAGGAGCACCUGGCCAUGCUAACAGGCCUGCACCUGGAGAUAACACACCUUAGGAGGCGUUGCCAGGAGCUCAGCGGGGAGCUGAACUCCAGGUUUCCUGAAAGAGUCGCGUCAGAAGAGGAGGUUGAGCUGGCUGCGCGGUGCCAGGCCGCGGAAUGUCUCCUAGCAGAGCAGCAAUGCAUGAUGGGAGUGGUCCGCGGGGACCUGAGGUCACGGAGAGCACGAGCGACGGCCCUGGGGCGGAGCCUCAGGGACGAGGAGCGGCGUUUCCUGGAAGAGCUGAAACGCCGUAGCCACAGAAUCACCUCCUUGAGCAGGGAGCUCCACCGCCAGACCGUUACCACAUCCAUGCUGUGCCAAGAGCUGCACUCUGCUCGCCUGAGACUGUUCCAACAAAGCCAGGGAGGAGAGCACGGGACAAAGGAAGAGGAUGAAGAAGAAGGAUGGGAGGAAGAAGGAGAAGAGGAGGAGGAGGAUGAGGAGGAGGAAGAGGAGGAUGAGGGCGGGGGAGAGGAUGAAGACUGGCUUCUGACUCCGCCUCCUCCUGCAUCUCCGAGCCUGUCAGAGCGCAGACGGAACAGGCGUGUCCGUGUGAGGGAGGAGCGGGUCCGGGCGUGCGUUCCACAGGAGAGAGUGACAUCACCUCUCAGGGCGGGCCCCAUGCCUGAUCCCGCCAUUUUCUUGGAGCCGCUUAGGUAUAGACUGCUCCCCUGGAAUAGGCCAAUCAAAACAAGGGAAAGAGUUCAAAAGGAGGGAAAGUGGAGGGAUAGGUCAGGGCGGAGGGAGAGGGUAGAUAUGGGAGUAGCAGAGGGAGAAACAGAACUGUGAAGGAGAGAAAUGUACAGGAAAAACACCAGUAGUGGAGAAGAAUGGAAACAGGGAUUUUUUGGGCAUCAGUUAACAGCAGUUGGCAUAGAUAGUUAGAGUUAGUUGUUGGAUGUCAACUGGUUAAAGUAUGUAGAAGUAUAUCAAGAUCAAAUGCAAUUUACUUUGAUAUCAACCUCCAUUGCUUUCAAAAAAGCACCCCACUGGACCUACACACCUUACUCAUAAAACCUAUUGAUUCUUGACAUUCGAUACUAGCUUUGCUGUGACCCCAUGAGUGUGUCUUUGUAGGUUACAUCACAAUUAUCUGUCAAGACAUUACAGAAAUGUAGGAAGAAAGAAAUAUUGAAUUGUAUGAUUUCUUACUGCACUUUAUUAAACUCAAACAAUGUGCUCAGUAAUGACAA